UUCCGUCAUAGUCUCGUCAUAUAUUAGGUUGUGGAAAAAACCCUGAUCACUUCUCUCAUCUGUUGGCGCUCUUCUCCCUAUCGGCCUCUCCCUCUCCCUACAACCUUCCCUCUGGUAGCUGCGAUUCCUCCUCUGCCUCUCCCUCUCUCUCUCUCUCUCUGACCAUCCUGCUGGCUUUAGCAUUCAAGGAAGUUCUGUGGAUGAUUUGAAGAAAUUAUAAUCCUGCUGCGAUCAGGGGGUUUCUUUUUCAUUCUGGGAAUUCUGAAGUUUUUCACUGAAGACAAUUUAGUCGUAUAAUUGAACGACAAUAUGACUUCAAUGGAAAUUGAGAAGGUUUCUUCAGAAUCCAAUGUUGGAUCUGUUCCAGUGAAGCCAAAAUUCGAGCCUUUGAAGGCUCACGAGAUAUCUGAUGGACAUGUUCAGUUUCGGAAGGUUUCUGUUCCUCCACAUCGGUAUACACCUCUGAAAAAAGCAUGGAUGGAAAUCUACACACCAAUCUAUGAACAGAUGAAAAUUGACAUCCGUAUGAAUCUCAAGGCUCGAAAGGUUGAAUUGAAGACUCGAUCAGACACACCUGAUGUCAGUAACCUACAGAAAAGUGCUGAUUUCGUCCAUGCUUUCAUGCUCGGUUUUGAUGUGAUAGAUGCAAUUGCUCUGCUGCGAAUGGAUGAACUCUAUGUGGAUUCUUUUGAGAUCAAGGAUGUGAAGACAUUGCGAGGUGAACAUUUAUCUCGAGCAAUUGGGAGGCUGUCUGGUAAAGAGGGUAAGACAAAGUUUGCAAUAGAGAAUUCUACAAGGACCAGAAUUGUGAUAGCUGAUUCCAAGAUUCAUAUCCUGGGAUCUUUUGCCAACAUCAAAGUUGCCAGGGAUUCUCUUUGUAGCCUCAUUUUAGGUUCACCAGCUGGUAAGGUGUAUUCAAAACUUAGAGCAGUCAGUGCUAGGCUAGCAGAAAGGUUUUGAUCUUUUGAAAUUUUGGGUUUUUGAGAGUUUCAUUGAGAUUCUAAAUUGCAGGAAAUAGUGUUGUUGAGUUCUGUUUACUAUUCAGUUGCUGAGAGAGAGGCUCACCGCAUAGGAACAUUUUUUUUCAGAACUCUUGCAAGAUGAUAGAAUUAUUUUUGUAAUUGUCUGGGGGAAAAAUAUGAAAUUAAUGGUCUCAAAAAAAGUGAAACUUAUUUUUAA